ACCACCCGAAGUGGCCAAUGAUAAUUGUCAUCUGCAAGUGCAUGUGGUUUUUAGUGCAUUAGUUCGUUUAUUUUUCGUUUUUCCUCGAAAAAUAAACAAUGGCAAAGGAUUUAUGAAUGUGGCUUCAGUUGUGUGAGCUGCGCUUGUAAGACACGUUAACCAUAUAUAUACAUUUUUGGGCAUCUUUGCAAUGUGAUAUAAUGAAUAAGUUUACAGAAACCAAAACCGAAAUGAGUAAUCAAGAUUUUCGACUUUUUAUAAACAACAUAACAGGAAAUAUCAAUGAAGAUUCAUUACAUAAAAAAUUGUCUCAAUUUGGAGAUAUUUCUUCAAUUGAAAUAAAACUACGAAAGAAUAUCAUUGGAAAUCAAACACCAGCGUUUGCAUACAUUAAUAUUAACAGUACUCCUGAAAAUAUACAAAAGUGUUUUGAGGAUUUUUCAAGGCAAAAAUUUGAAAAUUCGUUCAUUGACAUAUCAAUUGCAAAAGAAAGUUUUAUGGAAAGAUUGAAACAUGAGAGAGAAAAAAAGCAUAAUGGCAAUGAUCAAAAAACGAAAAGUGAAACUGAAACAUUACAGAAUGAAACUAGCUUAGUGCCUUUUAAAAUACCUAAAGCCUGUUCAGUUAUUAAAUGUAUAUCUGAGAAAAAUAAUGUUAAUUCUCAUUUAAAUUUAUCAGAACAAAAGAGAUUACAUUCAGUAUUACAAAAGAAAAAGGAAUAUCACUCCCAAAAACUGCUUCUACAAAAUGCUUUGUCUAGGAUUGAUUUAAAUCCAAGAUCAAACGUAAUCUUUUAUGAAAAAGAAGAUUGCAUGGCUAGUAAUAAAGGAAAUGCAAAUGAAUGGGAGAAAAAACAAAAAGACAAAUUUCAACUUUUUACUGAGAAUGAUGAUAAUGAAACGAACAGCGAAUGGUUUGAAGUUAAGGAGCACUUUGAGGGAAUAAAAGGUCAAAAAUUACUGAAACUGCAAAGUAGAUAUAAAAAUGACCCCAGAUUUUCAAUGGACACUAGGUUCCUUGAAAAUGACAUUUCUGAGGCAAGGAAUUUCGAUGAGGAAGAAAGUAAAAAAGAUAUUUCAGUAAUUGAAAAUGAUGCUGAAAAAGAGAGAAUGGUGCAAAUGCAAAUUUUGGAGCAGGUUUUAAGCAAAGAAAUUGCACCAUCUACAUAUGCUAGUAGUUCUGAAGGUUCUAGCAAAAUAUUAAGUGGUAUGUUUAGAUAUGAUCCAGACCACAAAGAUCAUCUCAAAUAUGAAAUCACACCUGUAACAGAAAAAUAUGGUAGAGAUAAGAAAAAAGUUGAUAUUGAAACAGAGAAUUUUACAGAAAUUGAAUAUAAGGAAAAACCACAAGUUUCUAAGGAAAAAUUUUAUAAAGUCACUGCCAAUCUAAAAGAAGCUUUAUUUACUGGUCAACAAUUCAGUAUACUUAACACUUUUGGAGACCAUUAUGAAAAUAGAAAGGAUUAUAAUGAACAAAAUGCAGCAAGUGUUUCAAAGAAAAAAAAUAAAAAGGAAGGAAUGAUUAUUAGUAAUCUAUUUGCAUAUGAUUCAUCAACUGACAGUGAAGAUGAAAAAAAAAAUGAAAACAUUUUUACUGAAGAUACAGGUUCAUUUAAAUCGCAAAAGCUUUGGGCCAAAAGUUUUUUUUUUCAAACUGAUGAUUACAGAUUGCAAGAUGGACUUCAUUUUGUGAAAAGAUUGGAUGUUAAUGACGCAACGGAUUUUGUGAAAUCAAGACGGAAAAUUAAAGAAGCUGUUAAAGCAAAAAUGAAGAACAAUCAAAAGAAAUUUAGUCCAUUCAAAAAGAAAUUAGGCGAGACGAAACGAGUUAAGAUAAAAAGAGCAUUAAAGAAGUAGUUUUUAAUUUUUGAAAUAAAAUACCUUUUUUUGUAAAA